AACACACUAAAGCCAUCGCCGCACACUACUUGCUCUCAACAUUUUUGGCUUUCCUUUGCUUUCUUCACCAACACAAAAUCUUCAAGAAAAAAAAAUGGGGAGAAGACCAUGCUGUGAGAAAAUGGGAUUGAAGAAAGGGCCAUGGAGUGCUGAAGAAGAUCAACUCUUGAUCAAUUAUAUUACUCUCCAUGGCCAUCCCAAUUGGAGAUCUCUCCCUAAAUCUGCCGGGCUACUUCGGUGUGGAAAAAGUUGCAGGCUCCGUUGGAUUAAUUAUUUGAGACCAGACAUCAAACGUGGCAAUUUCACUUCUCUUGAAGAAGAUACUAUCAUCAACUUACAUCAAAUCUUAGGCAACAGAUGGUCUGCGAUAGCUGCCAAAUUGCCAGGACGAACAGACAAUGAAAUUAAAAAUGUUUGGCACACUCAUUUGAAGAAAAGACUCCACCAGAAUCAAGAUGAAGAUAACAAGGAAACUGUCGUUACUGCUACUACAGAUGUAAAGAGGCCAACCUCUCCGGAACAGCAACAACGAUCUACAGAUGCAAAGAGGCCAACCUCUCCGGAACAACAACAACAAUCUAGCAGUAGUGCUGACGUUUCAGCGGUUACAACAUCCGGAAACAAUAACGAUCACAUGUCCAAUAAUAACAGCAAAGACUCUGCGACGUCAUCAAAAGAUGUUCCUGCAUUGAUAGAUGAGAGCUUUUGGUCAGAAGUCGUAUCCAUGGAUUACAACAUUUCAGGAGAUGAUCAUGAGAAGAACGAGAUAAAGAUAGAGAACUGGGAGGGCUCGUUAGAUAGAAGUGACAAGGGUUAUAACUACUCGAAAUUGUAUAACCAUGACAUGGAGUUUUGGUUUGACCACCUCACUACUAGUCCUAUAGUUGGAGAAAUCUCCGACAUUUCUGACUUUUGAUUUUUUUUUUUUCCUUUUUCAUUUUGUAGUUGAGAGUUCAGGACGUAUAUCUUCUUGCUUCGUGACGCACAUGAAUAAAAAAAAAGUCCCUUACGUUUUCUUAUA